UGGCGCGCGCGGGAAAGCGCGUGGGCGGAUGAGGAAGUUGAUAGCCACACACACACACACACACACACACACAUCCGAGUGACUUUUUCCCCAGCAGCAGUGGAGCAUCGUCGGGAUCUCCAUCCACUCGGAAAAGCCUAAGGAAGGGAAAAAACAAAAACUGGACGCGUCGUUGCGUGGCGAAAAUGACAAUCAAGUGGGGAGACAUCUUCUUCUUACUUCUUCUCGUCCACCGUGCUCGUCCGAAGCAGCUGCCACGCGGGGACGAUGAUGAGGAGCUCCACGACGCCAAUGUCAGCCAGAUGUUGGCCCCGAGGUCACACCAAGAGGACGCCACGCGGAUUCUCAACGGUCUGCUCAAAGGCUAUGACCGGACCCUCCGACCGGAUAUUGGGGUGAAGCCGACGGUGGUGGAUGUGGGCAUCUAUGUCAACAGCAUUGGGCCAGUGUCAUCCAUGGAUAUGGAGUACCAGAUCGACAUCAUCUUCGCACAGACUUGGGUGGACACACGUCUGCGCUACAACAGCAGCAACAUGCGGAUUCUCACCCUCAACAGCAACAUGGUGGGCUUGAUCUGGCUGCCUGACACCAUCUUUAGGAAUUCCAAGACCGCCGACUCUCACUGGAUAACGACUCCCAACCAGCUGCUACGCAUCCGCAACAACGGAAAAAUCUUGUACACGCUGAGGAUGACCAUCAACGCUGAAUGUCAGCUGCAGCUCCAUAAUUUCCCAAUGGACGAGCACUCGUGUCCUCUCGUCUUCUCCAGUUAUGGCUACCCCCGGGAUGAAAUCGUGUACAAGUGGAGGCGAAACUCAGUGGAGACUUCGGACCAGAAAUACUGGCGCCUCUACCAGUUUGAUUUCAUGGGGCUCCGAAACACGACCGAUGUAUUGACCACGACUGCAGGCGACUAUGUGUUGAUGACGGUGUACUUUGACCUCAGCAGAAGGAUGGGCUACUUCACCAUCCAGACUUACAUCCCCUGUAUCCUGACCGUGGUCUUGUCCUGGGUCUCCUUCUGGAUCAAGCGCGAUGCCACGCCGGCGAGGACCGCUUUAGGCAUCACCACCGUGCUGACCAUGACCACACUGAGCACAGUGGCCCGGAACUCUUUGCCCAGAGUCUCCUAUGUGACGGCGAUGGACCUGUUUGUAACCGUCUGCUUCCUGUUUGUCUUCGCCGCCAUGAUCGAGUACGCCAUGAUCAACUACUGCUCCCAUACCAUACGCAGAGCCCCGUCAUCUAAGAUCCACAAAAUGGCAUAUUCCUCCUUCAGUACGAGUCGCCCACCACAUCGGCCAAUGAUGCCUAGAGGCAACGCUCUUUUCUGGCAGGACUACGACGACGACUGCCUGGACCAGUGCCUGGACGGCAAAGAUUGCAAGAGCUUCUUCUGCUGCUACGAGGAAUGUAAAGAAGGCGGCUGGAAGAAAGGGCGCGUCCACGUCAACAUCAGCGAACUGGAUUCCUACUCACGGGUUUUCUUCCCGACGUCUUUCUUGCUCUUCAACAUUGUCUACUGGGUCAGCUACCUCUACCUCUAGACGGACUCUGAGGAGGAGAACUGGAGCCUUUGGACUGGUCACUCUGCCUACGGCGUGGAGGACGGGCCGUGGCGGGGAGACGAGAGGGACAUGAACGAGAAUGGAGAGGUCCUGUUUGUGGCUACGAGCAGCCCACAGACACCUGAGUGGCACUGCAGUAUUUCAGUCCGCGAGGCGACAGAGCACCCAUAGUGCCUUCUUUAGAAAGGGUGCAUAAGGUCAGCGUAGCGUCGUUAUUUUUAUUAGCGCAUCCAUCACUCGCCGCAUGCUGAGCUGUUUUAUCACCAGGCUGGGAGAUAUUUAAAGGUUCACCAUUCAUCCCGUAGCACUUUAGAAAUAGUGCCAAUAAUACUCCAAUCCGAGCAGAAGUACUAGUUUUGCUACGGAAAGUAAUGAGCAGGCAAUGAAUACUGCAGAAUAGAUCUUCUGCCAAACUUGCUAUUUUUAUUAUUGGUAGUUGUAAGUUUCCAUGCAGUUCAUUGAAAAAGGAGAUUUGUGUUCUUUGGCCCCCUGGUGAAAUAUGUAAGGGAUUUCUGAAGAACUGCCAUUUGUGGGACCCUAAGCCGCCCUCCCUCGUCUGUAAAACACUUUCUACAGAUUGUGGUCCCAAGUAGGACCGUGAACGGUGUUGGAAAAAUGGAUGGCAUGAAUGGCUGUGGAUGGUUUUGGCCCUCACUCGGCCACUGCGAUGUAAAAAUUGAUUCCCCGUAUGGAGACAUGUGGAGCUUAACUUUACCGUUCUGUUGUGUUUUUGCAGUUAUUUGGCAUUGUAGAACACACACUAGACUACCAUAGGGCCCUCCUCCCAUGUGCUUCAGUGAAAAACGUGUCCCCUUCUUUAGUGCGCACCUUUGUUCCUAAGGUGGAGUGACCUUUAAAUGUGGGCGUUUCCAGUCAAAUCCGUCCUUCCGCGUAUUCUCCCAUCGAAUCAAGUAUUUUUGCUCCUACGCGUUUCUGAGGAUGCAAAUAGUCCAGCUAAGGCUGGGCGAUAUGGUUAAACUCUAUCACGAUAUACAGUAGGUGUUUUAUAUCAAACGAUAUCAAUAAUUAUUGAUAUUUUUUAGGACCUAUUGAAAACGAGGACUAGGAGAAAAAAAUAUGAAAUGUUAACAUUUUUAUUUCAAAUAUAAUAUAUUCCUCUGACUAUAAUCCCCUCAGCUAUCAAGGCAGGAAAUAAAGGAAAUGUCAACAAUAGCACGAAAACAAUGUAAACCAAAUUCUAAAAUCACAUUGAACACUUAAUAGCCUCUUAAAAUGAUGGUGGUGUGGAGCGUCAUUUACAGACCACAUUGGUCUGACUACGGUCUGUUUUUAAAAAACUGGCACACUGUUGAGGUGACUUUUCCCGUUUUAUCCACAAUUUCUUCAUUUUUACCUUCUCUUCUCACUCCAUGAAGAGAAUCAACCGCGGGACAACGGCGCAACAUCUUGAUAGUCAAUAUUGUUACCCGAUUGGCUGUUAGCGUGUCACUCCCACUGAUCAGUGAUCACUUCCUGCGUUGCUUGGUUACCGGGGAGCGAGUGCCUUUGUUCAUGCAACCAACCUUGCUUCGCAACUGGGUUUCUUUUGACAAAGGAGGGGAAAAAUAAAAAAUAAACGUUUUGUUGAAAGCAUUUUUUAUUGAUAUCUGUUGCGUGUGUAACCCGAUAUAUCUUGAUGUCGUUUUAUCGUCCAGUGCCCCAAGAAGGUGAAACAUUGUAUUGCACUUAAAUUUGGAAGCAGUGGACAUGACAUGUAAUAAAAUAAUAGAAGAAACUUCGCUUCAAUUGAGACACCUGGAAACAUCCAAUGAGAUAAAGAUAAUAAAAAUGCGCAUUAUUGUCUCUUCUGUUCGUGCGGAAGACUAACAGACAUUCAAUAUACACAACGAUGUCCUCUGGACAGUGAGGCCUAA